CACUAAUUCUUGGCCUCGCCAUAGGUACCGUCGGGAUACUGGCUUGUCUGGGACGCUACGCUCGUCGGCUGCGGGCCGAACAGUUCUAAUCCGGAACGCCAUCACCAUAGGAUUAAGGUUAAUUUAGUUUGUAAGCAAAGUCAUUGAAGCACCAAAAAAAAAGAAGCCGAAUCACAUAAUGAAUAUCCUGCGGUUAACGAUGAGGCCGGCGAUCAUGGGACGACAAUUGCUCAGGCCAGAUGGUUGGAGUCAGUCGAAGCGAUACCUUUCGAUGGAGAGCUCGGUGACCGGUUUGUGGGUUUCGAUCUCGAACAGCACUCCCGUGGCGUAUUGUCAGCAAGCUUUGGUAGAGAUACACGAUUUCAGCGGACUGCCGUGGUGGGCUUCGAUGGUCCUGUCGACCGUUCUGAUGAGGACGGUUGUCACGCUACCGCUAGCUAUUUAUCAGAAUAAGAUUGUGGCCCGGUUGGAGAAGAUAUCGCUGGAAAUGCCGGAGAUUGUACAAGAACUCAAAAAGGAGACUGCAGUAGCCAUGAAGAAAUUCCAUUGGAACGAGAAGGAGGCCCGAAUUAUGUAUAAUCAUUCGUUGAAGAAACAAUGGAACAACCUGGUCGUUCGCGAAAAUUGUCAUCCGGCGAAAACUAUGAUUCUCCUGUGGGGUCAGAUUCCGCUGUGGAUCAUCAUGUCGGUGUCGAUUCGAAAUCUGGUGCACAUGCUGCCAGACCCAAGUUCGAUCGAUGCCCAAAUCACCUUCACUGAGCUGACCCUUGGCGGAUUCGGUUGGAUACCGAACCUGACGGAGGUGGAUCAAUCGUUGAUAUUGCCAGUGGCGAUGGGACUGAUCAAUUUGACGAUCAUUGAGAUACAAAAUGCAGCUAGGACGCGUGAGCCGUCCAAGUUUCAGAAAGUGUUCACCAACUUAUUCCGAGGCCUCAGUGUUCUUAUGAUACCGGUUGCCGCCACAGUUCCAUCGUGCCUCUGCUUAUACUGGGUCACAUCGAGUGCGUACGGAUUAGGUCAGAAUCUGAUGCUGAUGUCACCGCGCUUCAAACGACUGGUUGGAGUUCCCCUGGUACCCUCGGAAAUUGCUCGGCCCUAUCACCACAUUAAAGCAACAUUUUCCUCUAGAUUCAAUGGCCUAUUGGCAAAGGUAGGUUUAGGUCCGAAAUAAAAAAAAGCGUUGUGAAAUUGAACUCAUAGUUGUGUAUAAUAAAAAAAACAUUAUUUUUAUUCAUAUAAAAAUAG